AUGGCUCCCUGCUCGCGAUCAGUACGUAAGGACGGUGUUGCAUAUAGCUGCUAUGAACGGCAACACACGGCUAGUCCGAUGUCUUGUUUAUUCUGGUGGCUUAUAAAUAUCCAAGAUGGUAUAGGCCAGACGCCUCUUACACUUGCACUACAUAUGGACCACACAGCAACCGCGAAAGUGUUAGUGGAAAAUGGAGCAUCAGUAAGGGAGGCGUUUUUUACAAAUGCCGUCGCUCCCCUUGAAAUCGCAAAGUUACAUUCAGACGCUAUCAUGAUCGACGUAAUAGAACGCAAGAUACAAGAAGAGGAUAAAAUUAUUUCUGACAUGAAGUCUCUUUGUUUUGGACAAUGGCGCGAAGUAAAACAGGCCGCAUCAAUGGAAUGUGAAAAUAGCAAAGAAAAAAACAACAAACUUAAUAUCAACGUAGGAGACCAAAAGAACACAGUGUUAGUCCAAGGUUGUGCAAAUCGUUGCCCUGAUAUCUAUGGCUGUCACACACCAGGUACGAUACUGUGAGACCAGCUAUGACUACUGUGUUUAUAGUGGGAUUUUAUGAUACAGAUAUAAAUUUUACAUGUUUCUGUGUAAACAAUGAAAUGUGAAGUUUUUAUUUCAAUCUUUGAACUUUAUAUGUUCCUUAUAACUAGGGGGUUAUCCUAUUUCUUAUAAAAACUGCUAUAAAAUGUAAAAAAAUUGACCAAACAAUAUAUGGAUGUCAAACCCCCUUCCCUUGUUAAGGGCUUGGGUACCAUGACCCCCCCCCCGCCUAAUUCUCUAACAAUAACAUUGUGGCUGCAUGUUUACAUGUAAUCAUAAAGUUGUUUUUUUUUCCAAUAGGUGGUGGUGACUUUCAUAAUCGUGGGUACAUCAACAAGUGUAUUGCUAGGGCUGCUGGCCCUGGUGGUUUUUGGCAUGUUGUGGAGCAUGUAUUAAAGAGACCAACAGUCAAUCCGAAGUCUUUCAAACAUAAGUUUAAAGAGAACCACUAUAAUAACAAUGAAGAAGCUCUGUAUGAUUAUGACGAUGGCCUCUCCAUAUCAAUGUUGAAAUGUUUUGAAAAGUCACCAUAUUUUCCUACCUCUACAGAGCUUGAUGCAUGCCUGAGUGAAAAUGGUAACCACAACAAUAUUUUGCUGGAGAAAUUGAAGACAUGGUUGAAAGAAAAAGAAAGUGAAGAUGAUGUUUUCAAAUAUCACUCCCAAAAUAUCAAUGAUCUAAUGCCAAUCACAAGGUGGUAUAAAGAGUCGAUAAGGUACGGCAUUGCAAUUGAAGGGGUAUGGAUGUUAUGCCCUGGUUUGUAUGCACAAAUGGGUAAGAUAAACUAUAGAGACGAGGCGUUUACACAUACGGUUAAUGCUAUUGCAAACUGGCCGUUGGCUUACCGGCUUAUGUACAGGCAAAAUCGAACAGUUAAUUUGGAUGGCAAACAGGGUAGACAACUGGCAGGUGAUGAAUGGGUGGAGGAGUACCUAGUGCGGCCAGUAAAACAAUUUUCGUCAGCUCAAAGCUCAUUUGUGAUGGUAGAACUAAUGUCAUGCAGCAUUGACCUUUUAGAACUGAAUAGAGAGAUGUACAAAUAUAAGGAUGCCUUUGAUAUUCAUACAACAAAAAAACACAAAAAACCACAGUCCAUGUAUGAGCAAUUGAAAGUUGCACAGUUUUCACCUAAGGAAAAGUGGUUUCAUUCCAUGGAUAGAAAAGCUGUUUUGAUAUAUCCUUGGACAGAUAAAAAAUACAAAGAAGGGGAGGUAGUGCAGCCCAAGUAUACUGAGGUUAUGAAAAAAGGAGAAGUCAAAGCUGCAGAUGACUUUAACUCGUUUCUUGAAUGA